AUGGAAAGAUUGAGAGGGUGUCAUGAUUCGAAUGAUGCGGGCCUUUUUCUGGCAGCCCAAAGGGAGUACAAUAUUGCGUUAUUGAAAGAGGAUACGUACUGGCGGCAACGAGCAAAAAUGCAUUGGUUGAAAGACGGUGAUCGAAAUACGACAUUUUUUCAUCGGUCGGCGUCGGCUCGGAACCAAUUUAAGAAAAUUGAGAUGUUAAUGGAUGAAGGUGGAAGAGAGACUCGUGAUCAGGGACAAUUUUGUGAGAUUGCUAAUACUUAUUUCCAGGAGCUAUUCACAGCAAGUACAGGGGAGUAUGAGCCGGUUAUUAGAAAUAUACAUGGUGUGAUUACUGCGGAUGACAACCGGUGGCUGUUACGUCCGUUUUCGAAGGAGGAAUUUUUCUUGGCCUUUGACGAAAUGCAUCCUAACAAAUCUCCUGGCCCUGAUGGUUUUAAUCCGGCAUUCUUUCAAGAAUUUUGGGAGCUAUGUGGUAAUGACAUCUAUACGGAAUCUUCGACAUGGUUAGAUCGUGGAUUCUUCCCAGACUCGCUGAAUGCAACCAAUAUUUGCUUAAUACCAAAAUGUUCAAAACCGGUUUCUAUGAAGGAUUACCGGCCAAUUUCGCUGUGCAAUGUAGUCUACAGAGUGGUAUCUAAGGCGCUAGCUAAUCGUCUUAAACCAUUGUUGGAUAAAUGUGUGUCGGAGGAGCAAUCAGCCUUCGUGGAAGGUCGAUCUAUUUUGAACAACGCUAUGAUUGCUCAGGAGGUUAUUCAUGCUCUUAAGAGAAAGACGAAGGGGCGGAAAGCACACUUGGCUCUUAAGAUUGACAUUAGCAAGGCGUAUGACCGUGUCGACUGGGGUUUUCUUAAAGAGGUGCUUGGUAAAUUGGGUUUUGCGGAAAAAUGGAUUCACUGGUUUAUGAUGUGUGUCACAUCGAUACACUAUUAUGUACUAGUUAACUCUGAGAGGGUCGGUCCUAUAGUGCCAGGGAGAGAUUUGAGACAAGGCGAUCCUUUAUCACCGGCUAAUCUCACGGAAGUUCAAAACCUUAUGGAGUUACUUAACGUUUAUGCGAAAGCUUCAGGUACCGGAAGGUAUUUGGGUUUACCAUCGAUGAUUGGAAGAGGCAAGAAAGCGAUUUUCUCUUAUGUUAAAGACCGUAUCUGGAAGAAAAUCAAUUCUUGGAGUGGUAGGUCCUUAUCUAGAGCAGGGACAAAUGUUAUGAUCAAAUCUGUGUUACAAGCUAUUCCAGCUUCUAUCAUGAGCUUAUUCAUUCUUCCGGAGACUCUCAUCUCGGAAAUAGAAAAGAUGUUAAAUGCGUUCUGGUGGGGAGGAGGUACAAAUCAUAAAGGUAUCAGGUGGAUGGCGUGGGAUAAGCUAGCUUGCCCGAAGGAGGAAGGUGGUCUGGGAUUUCGUGAUUUUCGAUCUUUUAAUAAGGCUAUGGUUGCUAAGCAAGGUUGGUUAAUCUUGGCGAAUCCGCUCGCUUUAGUUUCUCGUAUCUUCAAAGCAAGGUACUUCCCGAGAUCUUCUUUCUUUGACGCAAAGCUUGGUUAUAAUCCUAGUUUUGUUUGGAAAAGUAUAUGGUCGGCUAGAGAGAUUCUUAUUAUGGGUUGCAGGUGGAGCAUUGGUAACGGUACUGAAAUUCAGGUUAUGAGUGAUCCUUGGCUCCAAGGGAGACGUGAAAGUUAUCUGCAUGGUCCGCAAAAACAAGGUGCGUAUAAUAUUACCGUAAAUAAUCUCAUGCUCCCAAAUUCCAAACAGUGGGAUAUAAGAGUAUUAACGGAGGUGUUUGAUUGUGCAGUAGUGGAGGAUAUUAUACACGUUCCUUUGUUGGAGGAGGUUACGGAAGAUAGAUUAAUUUGGGGUGAGGAUCAAAGUGGUAACUAUAAUGUCCGCUCAGGUUAUAGAUUAUGGAGGAAGGCUAAAUCGUGGCAAAAUGUUGAGGAGGUGGAGGUUAGUUGGUCCAAUUUGUGGAAGAUUAGUGCGGCACCUAGAUCUAAACAUCUGUUAUGGAGAAUUUGCAAAGAUUGCUUACCCACUCGGAAAAGACUUCGGCAUCAUCAUAUUCCUUGUGAGGAAGCAUGUCCGUUUUGUGAUACGCCUAUAGAAGAUUAUUGGCAUAUUUUCUUUGGGUGCGCGGAGACGAUCAUUUGUUGGAGGGCGGCAGGGUUGGGUCAUAUUAUUGAGCCUAGAAUUCAGGAAGUUUCGGAUGUUCGCUCGGUUAUCUUUGAUAUUUGUAAUAGUGAGGAUAGGAAGGUAGCAGGUCGCGUCGCUGUUAUGAUGGAGGCGCUGUGGAAAAAUAGGAAUGAUAUGGUUUGGAAUAACGAGAAGGAGGAAGCUUCCCGCCUUGGGCGGCUUGCUUUUCAUCACUGGCAGGAAUGGUUUAAUGUCCAGCAUGUACCGAGUGUGGCUUGGGAUAUUAGAAAUCUCUAUAUUCUCGAAGCUGAGGCAUUAGCCCUUAAAGAGGCUAUCCAAGAUUCUAUUGCUCUUCAUCUCGACCGAAUUAUUUUUGAAAGUGAUUCUCUUAGCGUGGUUACGGCUUUGCAUUCUAAUCCUUCUGGAAGGUCCGAGUUUCACCAUAUUAUCCGUUCUAUUAGAUUGCUUUUAUCUUCUUUUCGCAACUUUGAGGUCAAGUUUGUUAAACGCCGAGCGAAUAUGGUUGCCCACUCUCUUGUAAAGGCGUCCAAUUCACGGGCUAGGCGUAGUUUUUUGCAUUAUGUUCCUCCUUGUAUCGCGUUGCUUAUCAAUAAUGAAAUGAGCUAG